AUGUGCAUCUGGACCCACGAGUUGGCGUGCAUCUGGACCCACGAGUUGGCGUGCAUCUGGACCAAGCAGUUGUUGCUGUUGUUAAACCCUCGGCAAGAAAAACUACAGGGACUUGGACAACCACCCGAGCCAGCGCAACUAAAGGUGCCAGGACUUCUUUCUGGGUCUGAACACCCUGAGCUUUGUGCGAAACAGGGGGCCAAGAUAGCCUCCUUGGUGCACACCGUAAAUUUCAAGGCUUUUCGUCGCAAUUCAGACAGCCAAGCCCCCUUUGUUGGUAUCUGCAAUGCAUUUUUUGCCGCUGGAACGAAACAACAUUUUGUCGAGAUAUCGAAAGUUUCAGCAUUGAAAAAGGUCGGUAGCUCUGCUUUCCCAGCCUUUGAGAUCGAUCUGCUCGCAUGUAUGCUGUGGAAAAAGACCAAGGCUGAGGUCCUUAGAGGGUAUAUUGACCCGUUUUUCACCGCUAACAUGUAUGUCUUGUGUAAUCUCCUGGAAGCAUCGAUGCCUGGUGUUUUCACCACAUUGGCGAAAGUAGGGAUGCUUUAA